GUUUUGUGCAAGAGAGAUUUCGGCUCGGAUAUAAGACCCUCAUCGACGCUUUAAACGAAAGUGAGAAACUAUUAUAUUGCUUACAUUUUAAUUCUUGGUAUUUAUUUUCUGUGUUUUUGAAGAUGAAAUACCAGAAAGGCCUAGAGUAAAGUCCCGGAGACAAUAAGUUCGUAGAAACAGAUCGGUGUGGAAUGAACCAAAUGCGAAGUGACAAAUCUCCGUUUAACAUGUUUAAAAUAGGCCUAGAUGUCGCGGGUAGGCCUACUUAGUGAACCAAGGAGAUCUCGUAUUGAUUGCAUGCAGAGCAGUAGGAGUAAUUGUUUUGCCAUGGACACAAGGCUGCAUGCUCCGCUCUCUGCCGCUGUGCUGAGACAUGGAGGCCCUGUAUAUAAGUGGAAGGCUCAAUCAAUUAUGGAUCAGAGAGCAUGAGUAGUGACAACAAGAAGCAUCGAUGUUACUCGCUUGCUAUGGGAAGCACCUGCUGAAGGUUUAUAUAUAUAUAUAUAACCAGCAACAACCCAACAACAACAACAACAAAAAAAGAAGUAAUAUAUCCGCCAAAUUACCUACACUUAAUACUCUUCCAUCCGACACCAGCUUCAAUACGAUGAGACCAAAGUGGAACAUUUCCCUGGCUCUUUUUCUGUACUGUUUAGGAGGACAAGUUUUGGCUUGGCAGAAAUGUCCGUUUAGAGGAGCGAUUAAUUCUGAUUCAUCAGUUUUCUACUUUGGGGAACCCAUCAACCUAAACUGUACCCUGGACCCAGGAAACGAGAAUCAACUUUUAAGCGAGAGCAAGCUGUUUUUUAUGUCAUCGAAACUGGAGGAGGGCCAGGAUGACCGGACAUUGUAUGGGCGCCCCCUGGUAGAUUCCCUCCGCCUAGGAAUCGCUAUAGUUGACCUCGUGAAUCAGACGGCCUCCAAAGACAAUAAGUACAUGCAUUACAUGUGCAUGUAUAAUCAGGACCUCGAAGAAAAAGACCCGUGCACUGUGGCCCACUUCUUUGUGGAGAUUGAUUACAAACCUCUGCCCCCCAAGUCUGGCAGCUGUGUCACGUAUAACUGGGAGCGGAUUGAAUGUUACUGGGACCUGUCUGUGGAGUACAGGCAGCUUCACGGGAUCACCGACACGUCUGUGGAUUACAGUCUUACGACUGAGAAAUGGACCAGUUGUCCAUCUUUGAAAGUGUCCGGCAGAAAUCUGACCUGCAUCAUACAGGAGGGUAAAAACGAUGUGUUAUUCAUGGGCCAAUACUAUUUCCACCUGGUUGUGAACAACACCAAGACUCUAGACUCGGUGUCCAGCGAAAAAAAGAUCAUGUCUACAGAUAUUGUGAAACCAGCUAAGGUGUAUUCAGUUUCCGCCAUGGCCAAUAAAACAUCCAUUCAUUUAAAAUGGAGUGUAGAAAAGAUCAAUUGGCCUCAGUUGUUUAGGAUUCGCUAUACUGUUACCCCUGUCCGAGACCAAAACCCUGACUGGCAGGAGGUAAAUACUACAGAAACCCAAGUAGUGUUGCAAGAUCUGAAGCCAUUUACGGAGUACACCAUCUGGAUAGCUGCCAUCCCAUUGGUCAGAAACCAGUCCAAAGGCUUCUGGUCCGAUAUCAGAUCAAUCGUGAACAAAACAAAGCAAGAUGUCCCCAGUGAUGUACCAAAACUGGACCCUGGAUUCUAUGCCUGUGUUGACACUAACUGUACAGCAGUAAGGAUCUUUUGGAAGAAAAUCAGCGAUGACUCAAAGAAUGGCAUAAUUACAAAAUACAGGAUAAUCUCAAAGUUUAACAAGACACAGACCCCACCCCAGUUCAUAGAAAAUCCCUCUGCCACCAGUCACCUGGUUCCAGUGAACAACAAGUACAGUACCAAGAUACUGCUGAAUGUGGCCACAGAGGUGGGCUUCUCCACCAAGAGCGAUUCCUCCCUCAUAGUCCCCCCUCUUGGUCAGGGUCCCCCAUUCCCAGAGAACAUCAUUGUCGAGGCUCAGCAGGCUAAAUUUAUCAAUAUAUUGUGGACAUCACCAAGCAUUCACAGUGGUACCAAGACCUACUUCAUUACCAAUUAUUCAGUUGUAUGGUGUAUUGGAGAUCAGACUGGUUGUAAGGGAGAAAUAGAUUCAGAGAUUGUCCGGGCUGAAAAAGGGAAAGAACAUUACUGGACAAAUUUGACCCUCUCCGAUUCCUUUGAAAUGUUUGCCUUUGGGAUUUCUGUGGAUGCUUAUAUGAAAAAAAAUGGUCGCUUUAUCAGCAGUGGCAUUAGAUGGAACCAGUGUGCUUAUGCUGCCGAUGCUGUACCUGAUGAGCCAGUGAACAUCAACCCUGUCAUUGAAGAUCCAGGGGUCAGCAAUAACUCAAUGCUAUUCACCUGGACCCACUACACCUGUCAGAAACAUGGCGUCGGUCCCGUCCUCAACUUCACAGUGGAAGUGUGCACUGUAGAUAAUGAAACCAAAAAUUGCCAAGAGCCACCACGAGUCAAGGUGCUCAAUGGGAGUGAGACCUCAUACAGAGUCAAAAACUUGGAGAGCGGAAAGAACUACAUGAUCACUGUGACUGCCGGAUUCAAUGGAGGCAGUUCACCACCCGCCCAAUACCAAUUUCGAUCAUUUUCUAGCUUAACUAUAGAGGAGGCUAAUAAAGGUACUGAGGGGGGUGUUCCCUUGGGCGUCAUUAUUGGGACUCUGGUGGCAGUGUUCGCAGUGGCAGGGUUUAUUUUUAUUGCUUGGAGAAUCAGGCGCUGUUUAAGAACACCUGAAAUGGAAAUAGAACUGCCAACUGUAAAAUCUGGAGAAAAAUCCAUUUCCAACCACACUGAAAAUGUGCCUUUACUGUCGUCUGGGAACGAUACCCCCUCAAAAGUACAAAACGGGGGCGUGAAAUCUGUCAACAUGCUGGAAAACCCUUACUACCUGUCCAGCCAAGACUACUCUGGUCAUGAACGCAAUAAAAGUCUGAAUUACACCGAGUAUUCCUACAUCACCAGUGACUCGGGGGUGCAUACAGAAACUGCCAAUUUUAAUAAUUCCCAUGCUGCCCCCAGUAGUGCACCAAAUGGUUCAGCAGUUGGUGCAGAGGGAAUGUCAGGUGAUGACACUCCUUAUCCGCAGUCCGAACAUGCUACAUCUACCAAUUUGACGUCUGCCUCUAUUACUUCUGCAGAUUUGGACUCCUAUUCCAAAGCGGCUGAACCCCAGAGCGAUCAUUCUGCCGCCACUUUGUCUUGUGAAAAUAUCUCUGCUUAUGUGAGUGCCUCGCCUGGCUCGCAUAACAAUGACUCCUCUGCUCCCGCUGGAGUAAAUGAAUUUGGUUAUUGUCCAAAUGUGUAGUGCACCGGUACAUUGUGGCAUUAUAUCUGCCACUGCAGCCAUGCUGGAGUGAAUUGAGGCCUUGAUCUGUUUUCUUCUCAGGGUUUUUUAAGUGCAUUAGCAAGCAUGCUUGUAGAAUGAUACAUUGGAGGUACAUUUACUGGAAUUGACAUGAGAUAGGGUGCUUACCUUAGCUACCGGUAAACAAGUCAGAUGUAGCCAUCCACAGCAGAGCAUGCAUUGCAAGGACCGAACCAAAACCACAUCUGUAUAGGGUACAUCUGUGUUGCCUCGUUAUGAAAAUAAAACCCUCUGCAAUGUUGUGAGCUUGUAAGCUGCAU